UCAUAUAAAAAACUUAUAAUACUUAAGAUUAACUUUUUUAAUAAUCACAAAAAGAAUGAAUCUCCUAAAAAAAAAGUAAAAUGUGCUAUUUUUGAAGCAAAAGAAUCUAAUAUUCACAAAAAGAAUGAAAGAAAAGAAUUAAGUUAUAUUAAUUCAUUAAAGAAAAAAAGGAAAGAAAAGAGAAUAUCUGAAACAUUUGUAUCUCAAGACCCAACAAAAAUAUUUGAAAUGUAUUCUCAACCUGUCAACAGAUAUUUCAAUGAAGCCUCAAUAUCAUCAUUAGAACCAGAACUAUUGCCAAUGCUAAUAGAAGAUGUUAAUAGUUGCACCUUUUAUCUUUGA